ACACAAGGGCCCGUUUCCUUGUUAAAAAAACUUUUAAAAAACCCGAAUAAAAUAAUUUUUAUAUAUUUUAAAAGACUGCGUUAACUGCAACACAAGAAAAAGAGAUCGUUAUAUUUUUUGGUGAAGUCCCCCGUAGACCUCCCUUAUGUCGUCUGACAAAUCCGAGCUAGUUCUGAAUGAGAUGCCAGUGGCGGUGGAAGAUGAACCAAAUGCCAAACGGACACCCACUGAAAAAGAGGAUACCAUUGUAGAAGUAAAAAAAAAUUUGACAGGCGUUUAUUCCCAGGGACUGGUCAACAUCUCCUUGCUGUCUGCUAACGCCACUCAGUUACGUAGUGCCCAGUCCGAUGACAAGUACGAGUACCAGACGACAGUUAUCGCUCUGAUUGCAACCUCCAUCUUUAUCCAACUUCUCAUCCUGGUGUGUUUGGUCGCUCUCAGCAUCAUGCCACGAAGAAAACUGGACCAUAAUGAACCGUAUUUUGUUUUUAAGUGGAUACUCAAAAAGAGAAUUAAAUCCGUCAUUUUAUUUCUGGUCUCAGUGCUGACAGCGGUCAAUAUUUUCAUUUCGACUUAUCACAGCAUGGUUUAGUUUGUUUGCAAAAUGGUGGCAUGUAGCCUUGAACACGCCCAGUAGCAAAACCAUUGUCCUUUUUUAUAUAUUUUGUUUCUAGAAUAAGAACUGCAAUAUGGUUAAUUGCAAGAUUUAAUAUAUCACAGCUUUGAAGAACCGUAUAUGUAGGUUUGAAAAAUUUACUCCUACAAAUGAUAAAAAAAUAUGUCGGCGGAAAAGAUACUUUCUUAUCCAAUUACUCGAACACAGUGUACAGUGUUUCCGAUAAUAUGUCUCUGACAUAGACUUGUCUUUAUUAUUUUCUGGUUUCUUUAAUAAAAUUCUACUUUAAAAUUAAUAUGUGUUUUCCCCUCAGAUAUUAGAAUAAAGAUAUAAAUUAUCAAAUAACUUAUUAUUAUUAUUAGCUUAUUACUUUACCAUAUUUAAAUGGAGGGGGGGGGGGGGGGUCAUAACAAGUGGCCCAUGGGGCCACAUCGCUCACCUGAACAACAAUGGGCGUUCAAAAGAUAUUGUGCCAUAUGGCCCCUCGGUAGAAUAACAAAAAUAAAAUAUUGUAAAUUAAAAUAUUCGAAUUUUAAACUUAUUUUUGCAUACACGUAAUCUUUGACAUUGUACCUUUAUUGAAUACUAUUUUAACCCAGAAUAAGAAAAUCCUACGCAAGAUAUAAAACUUAACAUUUGGUAGGGGUACACUGUUAACUUCCAAUUCCCCAUAUUUUCAUUCUGCCCCCCCCCCUUUUUAUAAAGCGAUCAAAAUAUAUGAGAGCAUAUAGGUGUAUUUUCUUUCUCAACUAGUUACUUUUUUUAAAAAUAUAAUAUAAUAUAAUAGUAAUUGUAUUUUACAGUCGUUUUACCGGUAACGAAUAUUUGUCGGUAUCGAAUAAUUUUUACAAAAUGUGUUAAAGAAAAAUAAAGUAAGAUUUAAAAAUACCUAUCUAUGUUAUUAUUAUACAUGAAUGAAUAUUCUAUCCGUGUGUUAUGUUGCUUCACAUUUGCACCUUUAUUUCCCACAUUGUUGAAAAAGUUAAAAAUGUAACCUAGAUCAUAGCGGUCGGAAAUGCAAGGCAGCGAAAACGAAAGUGGAAAAACAAUUAAUUUAAAAUAAAAAAAACAUGUGUGUUAUCAAACCUGAUUUAGUAGGUAAGUAGUAUUUAUGAUAUAUACUUUAGGAUUAAACAUCAUAAUUUACGAUAUUUGAGGUUUGGAUGAAAUUACGACUACCCAACGGAACACGUGUACUGGUUCAGUUCGAAAGACGUGUCAUUUGGCGGGGUGUAUGAAAGAAUGCGGACAUUAUAAACUUUAAGGUGAUUUGUAAAUUAUUGACCUUAAACUAUGCAUAUGUUAAUUAUAAUUAGUAGAUUGUCUUUAUUUAUUGAAUAUAUUAUAUUGUAAUUUGUGUUAUAAUAGGGCUAAAGCAAUCGAAAUCAAUAUUGAAAGGAUGGUAAUUUUGUUAUACAGUGAAUGAUAUUUAUACAGCAUUGUAGACCUACACGAAUGACAUGCUAUACAAUAUAUCUGUGCUGAAAACAACUUACUUUUUACAGUAUUAAAUCAUCUAGAGUACCUAUAUUUCAAUUUUAAUAAAGGGAAUUUGUAAAGGGAAGUAAUAUAUAUAU